AUGACUGUUGAUGUUAAUCCCGACUUUGUUACUGUUACUCACGCUGGAUCCACCAUCACUAUCUACCUCUGGGGUGCUACAGUUACUUCUUGGAAAUACUAUGGAGUUGAGAAUCUGUUUCUAAGCUCAAAGGCCGUACUGGAUGGAUCUAAACCCAUCCGAGGUGGAAUUCCACUAGUCUUUCCUCAGUUUGGGUCGGGUCAAGACAAGGUACUUCCUCAGCACGGUUUUGCUCGAGUCUCGAAAUGGAAGUAUUUGGGUUUGGAAGUAGAGAAUGCUGCCGAAACUACUGUUCGUUUUGGACUCACUCCAUUCAUGAUCCCUGAAGCCCAACGUGCUCUUUGGCCUCAUGACAUUGCUUCCGUUGGUAUUGUUGGACUGACUGGGUUUCCUUAUGUGGAUAAAGUAGCCAACAGUGCUCGCACUGAAAUGGAACCUCGUUCCAUCAUUACCAUCCAAGGUGAAGUGGAUCGUGUAUACGAGAAUGUCAAGAACGAUUACAUUUCAAUCCAAGGAACUGGUGUUGGUGGUGUUGUAUGGAAUCCAUGGGUUGAAAAGGCCAAAGCCAUGUCUGACUUUGAUGACUCGGAGUUUCAACAAAUGGUGUGUGUUGAAGUAGGAAAUGUUACGUUGAUGGAAGUUGCAGCAGGUAAAGAAUGGAAUGGAACUCAAGUCUUACUCGCAACUCCUGUUCACUCGCUUUGACGAGACAAUUGAAUUGAUUUCGUUGUUACAGACUCAAGUCACUCUUGAAACUAUAUUCAAAAUGAAGCAAACAUCAAGUUACAACUGUAACUUGUU